GAGGGUUUAAAAAUAUCCUGCCUGCAUUAACGGGCAAUAAUCCCAAUGGCGCAGCAGCCCUGCCUGGCCACGGAGCAGCCUUCACCCCCCAGCCCCGGCUAUGGGCCCCCAUAGAAACUCCUCAGGGCCAGCCCAGGGGCCGUAUCCUGCUGUCCUGGGUGCUGAGCCCCAUCCCAAAUGGCUGUGAUUGCUAUGACAACGCUGACUUCAGCCUCCGCCACCUACUCGAGCUGGGAGCCCGCUGGGUGCCAGCUGAUGGCUUGGUGCGGGCAGCGGUCGGAGGAUGUCGUCGAUGUUUGGCAAACCCCGAGCCGGUGGUGAGCGGCUGCCCCAGAGCCCCCUCGCCGAGUGUAAUGUGGCCAUCCUGGGGUGCCGAGGGGCUGGCAAGUCAGCUCUGACCGUGAAGUUUCUAACCAAGAGGUUCAUAAGCGAAUAUGACCCGAACUUAGAGGACACCUACGCCUCAGAGGAGCUGGUGGACCAGCAGCCCGUGCUGCUGAAGGUGAUGGACACUGCCGACCAGGAUGGCCCGGGGAACUGUGAGCGCUACCUGCGCUGGGCCAGCGCCUUCCUCGUCGUCUACAGCAUCGACGAUAGGAAGAGCUUUGAGGGCUGCCAGCACUACCUGGAGGUCCUCGCCCUGCACGCGAGGGGCUGCCAGCGCCGCUGCCCUGUGCUCCUGUUGGGCAACAAGCUGGACAUGGAGCAGUACAGGCAGGUGCCCGCAGCCGAAGGGAUGUCCCUGGCAAGCAGGUUUGGGUGCCUCUUCUACGAGGUGUCGGCAUGCCAGGACUUCGUAGGUGUGCAGCAUGUCUUCCACGAAGCCGUGCGGGAGGUGCGGCGCCAGGCAGAGUGGAGCUUGCCUGUCCAGCCACUAUUCAUCACUGAGGAGCGUCCCUGUCCGUCGGUGGCCACGCCAGUGGUCCUGCCCACCCGCCACAGCCUGGCCAGCUGCACCUUCAACACUCUCUCCACCGUCAACUACAAGGAGAUCCCCUCGGUGGCCCAGGCCAAGCUGGUCACUGUCAAGUCCUCACGGGCUCAGAGCAAGAGGAAAGCUCCCACGCUCACCUUGCUGAAAGGCUUCAAGAUAUUUUAGGACACGUCCCUGCGGGCUGUGGAGGGGGUGGUGAGAGACCCCCAUCCUCUUGGUUCUGUAAGGGCUGAGACCAUCCAUGACAGACUCACGGGCACUGCAGCAGCUGCUGGUGGAGAGCGGCCCCGGUCUCUGUGCCAGGGCAAAGCCUGCGGUGGCAGUUUGGCAAGCAGGCUUGGUGCCGAGAGCCUGAAAUUGGCUGUGGCACCACUCUGCCUGCCCCCACCCUGGUUCUCACCCGCCCUGGCCGAGCGCUGCCGUGGUGUUUGCAGCCUGUCCUGCCACUGGCAUCGGGGGCGAGCCCAGAUUUCUGGGCGGAUUUGGGCAGUUCCUGGAGCAGCCAGAGCUGUGGGCACCACCGGGAGGAUGAGGGUUGGGUGCCUGGAGCACAGCAAUGGGAGCCCAGGAAGGGGGAACUAAUCAAGCACGGAGGCACCCAUCUCGUUUGUCUCCCAGUUCCCCUGACUGAGCAGUGAGUGAGAGGAAUUCUUAUCUUUCUUUAAUCUGAACAAGAAAGGUGCAGACAUUGUUUCAGCCAACUAAAGGCCUCAGGUGUCCUGAAACCAAUUUCCAUGCAUCAAAGUAAGUCGUACCAAAAUAGCUGGGUUUUUAAUCACCUUUUUACACUAUAGCGUUCCUUUUCAAAGGCUUUGUUAGGAAGGAGGCUCCACUGACAAGGACACACUCUGAAAAGCCUUUGUUCAAAAGACUGUUGUAUUUCCAAAAAGAUCUUUAAUUAUUUCAUGCCUUCUACGUGUGCCCAGGGAAGGGUGUGAAGUGAAUCCCAAAGCAGAGCAGGCUCUACCUGUGCCCAAGCCAGCGCCAAGGGCUGUGUGUGUGGUUUCAUUUGCUCUAUCAGGUUAAAUGUUCUACUUCUCCCUGGAGUUGCAGUUACUCUGCAGAGUAAAAUAUCCACGUGUAUAUUUGUACAUAUAUAUAAAUAUAUAUAUAUAUAUGACCUUACUGAUAGAGAGAUAUUCAAUGUGGGAUUUCGAUCAACCACUUUGGAAAGUAUUUUAAUAAAGACAAUUUCUGCAAAGAACAAAAGUGCCUCCGCUUCAGUGUGGCUGUUUUCUUGAUGGGACAUGAGGGCGCAUUCUCUGGCUGACCGCAGCGUGAGCCUCCCACUUCCCACCUCCCACCCGGCUGGUCUCCCACCUGGUUGCGGCAGAGGCAGGUGGCUUCCGAGGGAGGGAGUGAA